AUGCUUCAAACUAAAAUUUUUAUUUUUUUCACACUUUUCGUAACAAUUUUCGCUAAAAACUGCACUGGUCCCUUCCAAACUUGGACUUGCAGCAAUUCAUGCAAGGAAAGUUGUCGUCAAGGUCGCGAUAUUUUCUGCCCAACUGAAUGUACGUUCGGUUAUUUUUGUCAAGAAGGCUUUCGACGACAUUCCAAUGGAACUUGCAUCCGGGAAGAAUUUUGUCCUUGCUGGAGACCCAAUGAACAAUGGACUGAUUGUGGCAGUUGGUGCGGCGAAGAUUGCCCGAAAUACGAUAAUACGGCGUGUAAAGGCACUUGUGAGAAAGGUUGUUACUGUAAACCGGGAUUUCAGAGAUUUGAUGGCGUUUGUGUUCCUCAGGAGAAGUGUCCGAAGCCGAAAUGUAAAAAGCCGAAUGAAAAAUUUACAAGGGGAAACUUUUGUGCGGAGAAGUGUUUCGCCAAAGUUUGCACUCGAGAAUUGACUCUUGGAUGUUUUUGCCUUGCGGGUUUCUCGAGAAAUGAGAAAGGAGACUGCGUUAAAACGGAAUUUUGUGGAAAAAUUUGA